GCUCCUAAUUUCAUUGUUUGCUAGUCAUGCAAUGACUAGUUAUGGAAUUCUCAAAUGUCCAAAUGAUCAUAUUAAUGGAUUGGUCCAUUUGUGCUCUUUUCCCCAUAGUUUCCCCCUAGCCUACAGACAUUAACAAUACCCGUUUGUUUUUAUGUAACAACACUUUGAAUUUAAUGGCAUUGAUUCACACGAUGGGGUAAUAUUACUCUGCUCCACAUGUUAUUGAAUUUUCAUUGGGAGCUUUCUGCCCCCAUAGCCCACGUAAACAGGAGUUUUCAUUGAUCCGCGUCGUUUUUUCUUUUCUCGGUUCUCACUCUCGUCCCGCUGCAGGGCGGAGAGACAAACUGAAUAUCGUCUCUUCAGCUGAUGAUAGGAGCGACUGAAAUCUCUUCUGUCAUCAGUUGUCGAGAAUCGGAAAUCUAACAUGAAUUUGGCGUUUCUUGUAAUAGCCGCGCUUUUGAUUGCGUGUAGCGGCGUGUGUUCCUCCAGCAGCCUUCCUUCAUCAUCCUGCCGUUCACAGAAUGCUGCACACGCCGUGGGAGAGAGACGGUUUUACCGGGGAGCGAUAGACGUCACCGAGUCCGGGAGCCGGUGCAUGAAUUACGAGGUGACUGGCUUCAAGGAGCGCUACCCGGGCAAAGGACUGGGAGAGCACAACCCACUGUCGCAACCCGGACGGCAGGAUAAGCCAUGGUGCUUUUUCAGGACUCACAGGGGCAGAGUGGACUGGGGCUACUGCGACUGUAAACAAGGCUCAGUGCGUCUGCAAGGAGGCCGCUCCAAGCUUGAUGGAAGGGUGGAAGUCUAUCUGGGUGGAGUGUGGGGGUCCAUUUGUAGUGAUGACUGGGGCGACGAAGACGCUGCAGUGGUUUGCAGACAGCUGGGCAAGGGAACCUCAGGUCAUGCAAGUGCAGUUCCUGUGUUUCGUCCAGGCUUGGCCAAAUUUCAUUGGAGGGCCGUCCAUUGCCAGGGAGAUGAGCCAGACUUACUCCAGUGUCCUAAGACCACCUGGAACGGAGGAGAGUGUUCACUGGCUGCAGCCAUCACCUGCAACCAGCAGCAAGCAGUAGUAUCAGUCCCCAUAAGGCUUGUGGGAGGUGGAUCAAGGUCAGAAGGAACUGUCGAGGUCUUCCAUGCAGGCCAUUGGGGUUCCAUAUGUGAUGACCAAUGGGACGACAGUGAUGCAGAGGUGGUGUGUCGACAACUGGGGCUAAGCGGUGUGGCCAGGGCAUGGGGCCAAGCACAUUUUGGCAAGAGUUCAGGCCGUGUGUGGUUGGAUGAGGUGCGCUGCACAGGCAAUGAACUCACACUGGAGCAGUGUCCCAAAAGUGGCUGGGGUGAACACAACUGUCUACACUCUGAGGAUGCCGGGGUGUCCUGCAGCCCUCUUACAGAUGGUACUGUCAGGUUCACAGGGGGCACAGGCAGCAACGAGGGGCGUUUAGAAGUCUUCUACCGAGGUCAGUGGGGUACAGUGUGCGAUGAUGGCUGGACAGACUCAAACACGCUAGUGGUGUGCCGACAACUUGGUUACAGGUUAGGUGAGACUCUCCUCUCUGAAGGUCUCGACAUCAACCCAGUCCCACGCUUCGGGGUGGGGUCAGGUCCCAUUCUUUUGGAUGAUGUGAGCUGCACAGGGAAGGAGCCUAGCCUUUUGCUGUGCAACAAGAGGGAGUGGCUUCGUCAUGACUGCACGCACCAUGAAGACGUCAACAUUGCAUGCAGCCCUGAACGCAUCGGAGAAAGUCUCCCAAGUAGUGUACCACUGAGGCUUGUAGGUGGAGAGAGUCGGAGGGAAGGCCGGGUGGAGCUCUAUCUGUCAGGUCAAUGGGGGACUGUGUGUGACGACGGAUGGACUGAUCGUGACGCUGAGGUGGUUUGUCGACAGUUGGGAUACAGUGGGGUGGCGAAAGCACGUGUGAUGGCGUACUUUGGGGAAGGGACCGGGCCUAUCCAUGUUGACAACGUGAAAUGCAGCGGCGAGGAACGCUCGAUAGCAGACUGCAUCAAACAGACACCUGGCACACACAAUUGUCGCCAUAGUGAGGACGCCGGGGUCAUCUGUGACUAUGGGGAAUUUCAACACAGCUACAAAGAGGUCAAGGGUCAAACAGAUCCUGCCAGCUCAAUUUGUGGUCUGCGGCUCAAGCACACUCGCCAGCGCCGAAUUAUAGGAGGAGAAAACUCUCUGAGGGGUGGUUGGCCAUGGCAGGCGGCGAUACGUUUACGGGGGUCUCGAGGAGAUGGGAGGUUGGUGUGUGGAGCAACUGUAAUCGACACCUGCUGGGUCCUCACCUCUGCACACUGCUUUAAGAGGUAUGGAAACAGCACUAAGCAGUAUAAAGUUAGAGUGGGAGACUACCACUCCCUUGUCCCUGAAGAGUACGAAGAGGAAUACGCUGUCGACCAGAUUGUCCUCCACCCAAGUUACUACUCUGAGAGCAAUGAUUACGAUCUGGCCUUGGUCCGUCUGUCACCAGGAGCAGUGGGCCACAUGGCCGGAGAGUGUGUGUCUUUCAGCCGACAUGUUCUUCCUGCUUGUCUGCCCAUGAAAAAAGAGAGAGUGCUCAAGCAAGCCAGCAACUGUCACAUCACUGGCUGGGGUGACACAGGUCGUUCAUACUCCAAGACCCUGCAGCAGGCCCCCCUCUUUUUACUACCACGUCGUCAUUGCCAGGAGCAUUUUCACGGUGCCUUCACAAGCCGCAUGCUCUGCGCAGGCAGCAUCCAGCCAGAGAGGCGUGUGGACAGUUGUCGCGGUGACAGUGGAGGUCCAUUGGUGUGUGAGCGUCCGGGAGGGGGUUGGGUGGUUUAUGGGGUCACGUCCUGGGGCCAUGCCUGCCGGACACAACAGUCCCCUGGUGUCUAUACAAAAGUCUCUGCCUUUAGUCCCUGGAUACACAAGGCGAUUGGACGGGAUAGCAGAAAAGGGAGAGGCAGUAAAAGAAAAAAAAAGACUCAAGCUGAUUUGGAAUGAAAGCACAAGACAGCAUUUCUACGUGCUGAUUCAUUGUUCUGACACCUGGAUGGUAUGUGCUUUUGUCCUGGUGGGAUAGUUGAGUGUUGUUGACAGAGACAAUCUGGUACACUUGAAGAAACACAGCCAUCACACUGCUUUCUUAUUCGAUGUUGUCUGACUUUAUGUUUUAAUGUAC